AUGUCGUCGCUGUCGUCGCUGCGCGUGCUUCGCCUCCGCUCCGUCAAGAUUCAACAGCUCCCGGACGGACUGUGCCGUCUGCCCGCGCUCCAGGAGCUGCAGUUGAGCUGUUCGAUGCUGUGGACUGUGCCCGAGGACUUCGGGCAGCUGAAAGCUUUGACGCGCCUCUCCAUCGUCGACAGCCAGAACAGCGCGCGCAGCCUGCCCGAUUCUCUGGGAGACCUCUCGUCGCUCACCUCGCUCUGCAUAGCCUUCUCGUGCGUGGGACUCCCGGAUAGCAUCACCGCGCUGCAGCAUCUGCGGCGCCUGCAGCUACGACGAUACGACAGCCUCGACUGGCCAGACGGGUGCGAAGCGUGGACGAGGCUGGAAGAGCUUUCGCUCGAGAAAUGCAGCUCCUUAUCACUGGAGUACGACUCUUCUUCCACCGCCAGCAGCAGCAGCAGAAGAACCAGCAACAUCAGCAGCAGCGGCAGUGGCAGCGACAGCAGCGGCGGCGGCGAAAGCAGGAGGUCAGAAGAUAAGCGCCUGACACUGCCCUCGUUCAUCUCGCACCUCACCUCCCUCACCGAGCUCCACCUCACAGACGUUUUCAUCCCCUCUCCGCUUCCUCACCUCGCCCGCCUCCUCUCGCUCCGCAAGUUACGCAUUACGAAGAGCGCCCACCUUCCACACUCUGAGCCCUUCAUUCCUGAGAACAUCGGAGAGCUGGCAGCGCUGCAGUCGCUCGAGCUGAAAGGGUGUGUUUCGGAGAAGGAAGCUUCGCCAUAUUCGAGCAUGUUAUCCAGGAUAAAUAGAGUAGAAGAGAGGCCGCCUGAAAGGUGCAAUCACUUGGAUCAUCUACCUCGAGAGUUGGGAUCCCUUGGGGCUCUAACGAGGGUGACUAUUGAGGGAUCGUUUUCCUCUCUUCCAGACACUCUCGGUGGGCUGUCCUCCCUGCAAGAAGCAUUUCUGAAGUCUCCAGUCCUUGCCAGCCUGCCUCUCUCCUUCUGCCUCCUCUCUCGCCUCCACACUCUCACCAUCACUGGCAGCGACUGUCUUGGCACCCUGCCCUCUGAUUUCGGCUCCCUAUGUGCCCUCCAACGCCUCUCCAUCCACUCUUGCUUUCGCUUGCACAGCCUUCCCGACUCGUUCUCCUCGCUCGCCUCCCUCGUCCACCUCGCCAUCACAAAUUGCCCCAAGCUUUCCACCCUCCCUGAUGGCUUUGGCUCGCUGACCCGACUGGCCCGGCUGAUAAUCACCUACUGUGACUCCUUCUCUCACCUGCCCGCCUGCUUCCCCUGCCUGCCGUCCCUCCGUGUGGCCAGCUUCAGCUGCUGCCCGCGCCUGCACUCCCUGCCUGCGAACAUGGGCCUGCUGCCGCGCCUGGAGGUGCUGCAUGUGCGCGGAUGUGCGUCGCUCACGAACCUGCCGCAGUCGCUCAGGCAGGCCAGGGCGCUCAGGCAUGUCGAUGUGACUGACAGUGGGGUACCUGAGGAGGGGUGCCUGCACGAAGGUGUGCUGUCGCCCUGCCUGCGCCCCUCCCCCGCCCCCUCGCCGCGCCUCCCCUCUCUCUGCGCCGCAUUUGGCGGGGAGCGGGAGAAUGACGCGGUGAGGAGAGAGGGGGAAGGUGUGAGAGGGGCAGUGGCGGAGGGGAAUGGCGGCGCAGAGGAGCAGGGCGAGGGGGAGUGGCACGUGCAUGCGGAGGGGUGUGGGCAUGGGCGCAUAGCGCAUGGCGACCACGUGGACUACCUCAUGCCUCUCCUCGAUGGCUCCUUCCUGCUGCACCACGCCCACCACCAUGCGCCGCACACGCAUCACUCACACCCCCAUGUGCAUGCAAUGCGUGAUGCGCACGGGCAUGCAAGCGCACAUGGCAAUGGCAUGACAGCAGGGCCAUCCGUGAGCCAUCCCGUGCAGCCCCACUCCCAUGGACCCACACCGCCUUGCACCUCCUCGCCUGCCUGUGGAAGCAGCUGCGGCGCUGCCAGCCACAGUGCCGCCCAGCAUGGUGCGCACUCUGCCUGCACCACUGCCCCGCACGCUCACCAGGCUGAGGCGCACAGGCAUGACGCGACGGCAAGCACAUGCGGUUACCACGUGCACGAGCACGGGCGGCUGGUGAGGGUGGGCGCUGCCACGGGGCUGCUGAGGCGGCGCGCGGGCAAGCAGCGUGUGGAGGUGUUUGACUUUGUGCGGCCCGUGCGCCAUGCACAUGCUGCUCCCAGCCACACGCCCACGUGUGCCCGCAGCUGUGGCAGUGCGGUAGCAGGUUGCUGCGCUGAAGUCAACUGCGCCUACACUCGUUUGCCGUCCUGUGAUGAAUGUGAUCAUAUGGAGGGCAACGAAGGAGCAGCACAGAAGGGAGUGAAGCGGCGUGAUGGUGGAGCGGAGGAGCAGGCAGGUCCUUGUGGGGGAGGUGCAUCUGCUGCAGGUGCAGCGAGUCUGCUUGACGCUGACGUGGCACAGGUGGUGAAGAGUGAGAGGGUGCAGGCAAAAGCAGCUUCUCUGAUUGGCUGUCAUGCGCCGAUGCCACUGAUGGCAUGUGAAGAGCAUACACGUGGCAGUGGAACGUGCACAGGCAGUACGCUUCAUGGCAAAGACGAUCAUGGCUGCAGCAGCAGCAGCGGCGGCCCUCACCAUCACAGCAGGCACAGUCACACUCACGCUCGCAUCAACAGCCAUGCUGCUGCAGCUGCUAGCAGCGCUGAUAAUGUUGCAAGGAGCGAGGCAGCAGCAGGAGGGGCGAUGGGGUGUGGCCGGCAGUGCUGCUGCACUCAUGCAGAGGGCACUGGGAGUGGUGCAGGCGAGAUGGUGGUGCUGGUGGGUGGGGGGGACAGGGAGGAAGACGGAGAGGAGCCAGAGGUAGUAGGCAAGUGGAUGGUUGGAAAGCCGUCUCGAUUAUUCUGGUGGUCAACCACUGUGUGCAAGCGAGCAGUCACUGCCGUGGCCAGCGCAGCAGCCAAGGCCUUCCAAGGUCCCCAGCUGCAUAACAAUGCUGCCGCCCCUGCUACUGCCACCCCUGCUGCUGGGGGUCCAGUGGUGACGUCACGGGUGGACGUGUUGGGGCUGUGCUGUGUGGCGGAGGUGGCGGUGGUGCAGCGAGUGGUGGAGGCGCUGCCUGGCGUGCUGCACGUCGCCGUCUCUGUACCCACCAAGACUGCCCUCGUGCGCCAUAACGCUUCCAUCACCCCUGUUGCUGAUAUUGUGGCGGCGCUGAACGAGGCGCAUCUGAAUGCGAGCGAGCAGCAGAGGGGGCGAGUGCGGGUGGCGUCGUCGGUGCCGUCGCCCUUCACACUGCUGUCGGGCGCGCUGCUGCUCGUCUCCCUCUUCCACUACCUCCUCCCGCCCCUCCAGUUCGUUGCCCUCGCCUCCAUCGCUGCUGGCCUGCCACCCAUUCUGCUCAGCAGCCUGGCGGCGCUGAGGAGGUUCAUACUCGAUAUAAACACACUCAUGGUCAUUGCAGUGGCGGGCGCCAUAGCCAUUGGCGAGUAUGUGGAGGGCGCCUCUGUCGUCUUCCUCUUCUCCCUCGCCCACUUCCUUGAAGCACGCUCCACUGAUAAGCCUCGUCGCACAUCGGCCGCAUGUCAGCAAUCCCCUCUUUCGCGUCCGCAUUGUCUCCCCUGCCCGUCCCCCCUCUUGCCACCCCCGCAGGCGCGGGUGGCCAUCCAGGCGCUCAUCGACCGCGCUCCACAGACAGCUGAGCUCGCUGCCACGGGCCAGCAGUGGAGAGCAGAGCAGGCAGCGCCCCAUGCAGCCACCUUCACGAGCCACGCCUCUCCAACCCCACCCACUGUGUGCCGCUCGCAGGUGCCGGUGGAGGACGUGGCGGUGGGCACGCUGCUCGCCGUGCGCCCAGGCGCACUGGUGCCGGUGGAUGGAGUGGUGCAGAGCGGUGCGAGCAGUGUGGAUGAGAGCAGCCUGACAGGCGAGUCUCUGCCAGUGUUCAAGGACGUGGGCGCGCCUGUGUGGGCCGGCACCAUCAACACCACUGGUGAGGCCGGCACCAUCAACACCACUGGUGAGGCCGGCACCAUCAACACCACUGUCUCAAUCCCCUCUCUCUCCCCCCUGCCCUUUGCCAGCCUUCCCCUGAGAUUCCCAACCCCUCUGCCCUGGCUUGCUCUUUCUCUCUCUCAUUACACCAUGCAAGCCGUGUCUCUUGCUGCCAGCCUGCACCCUGGAUGCACUCUCUUCUUUGCCCAUGUCAGUAGCCCCUCCUUGCCCCUCUCGCCCCCCUUUCCUCCUUUCCCAACCCUCGUCCCGCCAGGCUUCUUCACGAUGAGGGCGACAGCGCUGGCAUGCGAGUCAGCGGUGGCGCGCAUGGCGGCGCUGAUCGAGGCAGCGCACGCCAACCGCUCGCCCUCGCAGCGCCUCGUGGAGGCGUUUGCACGCGUGUACACGCCCUCCGUCGUGCUGUGCGCGCUGCUGCUGGCCCUCGUGCCGCUCGCCGUGCCCUGCGCCGACCACCUCUACUUCUUCCGCCUCGCGCUGCUGCUGCUCGUCGUCGCCUGCCCCUGCGCCCUCGUGCUCUCCACGCCCGUCGCCGCCGUGUGUGGCAUCGCGCGCGCAGCAAGGGACGGCGUGCUGGUGAAGGGCGGCGCGCACCUGGAGAUGCUGGGGCGCGUGCGCGCGGUGGGUGUGGACAAGACGGGCACACUCACGCACGGCCGCUUCCGCGUGGUGGGGUUUGAGCUCGUGGACGGCGCUGCCUGCUCCAAGCACCAGUGCCUCGAGUGGCUGGCCGGUGCGGAGAGGCAGUCCAGCCAUCCCAUGGCGGCCGCGCUGCUGGCCUACUGCCGCCAGCACGGUGUAGAGCAACAAGGCACUGCUGCAGAAACCGAGGCAAUCUGCAAUGAGGAUGCGGCUGAAGAGGGGGUUAGACAGGCAGCAGGAGGGACAGAGGGUGGCAGGGAGGGAGGUGGGGCGAGUGGGUUUGAGACGGUGGCGGGGGAGGGCGUGGAGGCGGUGGUGGGGGGCAGGCGAGUGCACGUGGGCAACGAGAGGAUGGCGCUGCGCCUCGGGUGGACGCAUGCCAUGCCCGCCGCGCUGCUGGCCCACUGGCUCAGCCUCGGAGCCACGGUGCUGUGGCUCGGCGUGGACGGCCACCCCAAGGCACUGAUCGCCGCGGCUGACUCGCUUCGGGCCGAAGCUGCGGAGGCGGUUGGGCAGCUGGUGAGGGGACUGGGGCUGCACGUGGCCAUGCUGACCGGCGACAAUGCGGGCGCUGCCACUGCAGUGCAGCAGCAGUUGCACCCAGCAGUGGAGGCACUGUGUGAGCUGCUACCGGAGGGCAAGGUGGCGGCCAUAGCGGCGCUCAAGGCGGAGCACGGCGUCACCUGCAUGGUGGGGGACGGCAUCAACGACGCUCCCGCCCUCGCCGCCGCUGAUGUCAGCAUCGCCAUGGGCACCAUUGCGUCUGCGUCAGCCAUGGAGGCCGCUGACGUGGCGCUGAUGUCAGACGACCUGCGCCAGCUGGCACGGACGUUUUUGCUGGGGCGGGCAGUGCGGUGGGUGGUGGUGGAGAACGUGGUGGCGUCGGUGGUGGUGAAGGCCGUGGUGCUGGGGCUGGCCGUGGCUGGCAGGGCGCACCUCUGGCUGGCUGUGCUGGCCGAUGUGGGCACGAGCCUGGCAGUGGUGGGGAACUCUCUCAGGCUGCUCAGGAAAGGCACGGUGGGUGGGUGCUGGUGGGGAGGGUACUGA